ACAGCGUCUGUAGCAAGUAGCAGCUUGACUACUGUCUCAUGUCCAUUCUCGGCUGCUUUGGAAAGAGGUGUACGUCCGUCAUUAUCCUGCGCGUCUGGGUCGAUACCCUCCGUGGCAAGUAAGAGUCCAACGACCGUAUCAUUGCCUUCCUGGGCUGCCUUUGACAAUGGCGUUUCUCCAAGAUCGUCUUUGAUAUCAGGACUGGCGCCUGCAGCAAGCAACAGUUCGACUAUUGUCACGUAUCCACCUGAUGCCGCCACUGAGAGGGGCGUCACGCCAUCCAUAUUCCCACAGUUAGGGUUGACACCCGGCGUACCAAGAAGUAUCUUGACAACUGCCUCAUGUCCUGAUAAUGCCGCGUACCAGAGUGGUGUUUGCCCGUCGGAAGACCUGACAGGAUCAACCCUGCCGGUGUCGAGGAGCAGAUUGACUAUUGCCGCAUGUCCAUUCUGUGCUGCCUCUAACAAUGGAGUCCGUCCCCAAUUAUCUCGAGAAUCGGGGUUGACUUCCUCCCUAGCAAGGAGAGAUUGGACUACUGCUUCAUGUCCAUGUUUUGCUUCCCAUGAUAGUGGUGUCCGCCCGUUGAAAUCCCGUGGAUCAGGAUCAACACCUUCUGUAGCAAGCACGUCUAGUGAUUUCCGAGCGGUCUCUUCGUUUCCCUGUCCUGCAGCCCACAGCAACGCCGAACUCCCACCUUCUUGUACAUCAUACCGAUAAAGAUAGGGGUUGAUCAGGUGGUAGAUAUGUCUGUUGGUUUGCGCCAGAGAAUUGAUAUCCUCAAGCUCCAGCUUCUCGGCGAUACAUGGCAGGAUCUCACUUGGGAAGUGAAGAAGCAUGUCCAGGAUGUUCAUUUGAUGAGGUGUGUUUACUGUGAUAGGAACAGGCAAGGGAGGUCGAGGAUGUUGCCCCUCACAUGAUGUCAACCCAAGGUCCGGGCAUUUGGACGCGCGGCCGGUGAG